UAGUUUUAUGUAUUUUCAGAUUAAAAAUGAGCGCUCAAAGAGGAAUACGCGCCCUGACACUGGUUGCGCGUUGUAUGCGCCCUAUGACUACAGUGCGCACAAUGUCAAAUAAAUAUGGAAUAUUUAAUCCCAGUCUAAAUUUUCGUUUAAACAACCCUCUUCUGACAAAUCACAGGAAUAUGUUUAUACAGACUCAAGACACUCCUAAUCCUUCCAGCCUUAAAUUUUUGCCAGGUGUGGAGGUGCUGGAGGGUGGAGGAACCUAUGAUGUACCAAACCUUGCUGCUGCUAAGGGGAGUCCUCUUGCCAAACUUCUUUUCAGAAUUGAAGGAGUUAAAGGAGUUUUCUUUGGACCUAAUUUUAUUACUGUCACAAAACAUGAUGAAGAUGGAUAUGAGUGGAGAGUAAUGAAACCGGAAAUAUUUGCCACCAUCAUGGAUUUCUUUAGCAGCGGACUUCCGGUGAUAAGUGCAGAUAUUCAAACUAGCGGAGAUACCGAGAUAUUAGAUGAUGAUGAUGAUACAGUUGCAAUGAUUAAAGAGCUUCUAGAUACCAGAAUUCGUCCAACUGUUCAGGAGGAUGGUGGAGAUAUUGUGUACGCAGGAUUUGAAGAUGGAAUCGUUAAACUAAAAAUGCAGGGCUCCUGCACCUCUUGUCCUUCUAGUGUAGUUACUCUGAAAAAUGGAGUUCAAAAUAUGCUUCAAUUCUACAUUCCUGAGGUUGUUUCUGUAGAACAAGUAUUUGAUCAAACCGACGAGAUUAAACUGACCGAGUUCCAGAAGCUAGAACAGAAACUGAAACAGAAACAGAAUCCGGAAGAUUAAAUUUUGGAGAAAGUUCUUGAUCAACGGAACAAAUUCCGACACUUAUCUAAAUUUAUAUUGUCAUAUGUACGCCAUCAUUAUUAUUAUUAUUAUAACAACUAGCACAUUAAGAAUAUAUCGCUAAAAAGUUUAAAACCGAAAAAAAGAACUUAAAACUUUUCUUCAUGGCUCAAUAACAUUAU